GGCAACAGUCACACUCACAAGCGGAGUAUUCACACCGCCCGGGCAGAGGAAUAUUCACACACACAAGCCUACCCGGCAGAUGCUGCCGUUGCUUCACAAGUGGACGGUAUAUGUGUGUGUGUGUGUCUGUGGGCCUGUGUGUGUGUAUGUGACACUACUCAAAUCUCUCCAGGGAAGAGGUUAAUAUUUAAAAAAAAAUUGGACCGAUACAAUUAAGGACAUAAUCUGAGGAAGAGCGUGAAAGUAGGAAGAGAGAGAUAGAGAGAUAGAGAGAGAGAAAGGUGAGAAAAUCCAAUAAAGCAGGACGCUACUGGAACUACGUUUUCCUUCAGCUGGCCACUAACUGGAUACAUUAGAAGCAGUGAUAACUUCACAAACCGUUUCAGAGCGACGGUCGACUCCCCGAGGAUGCUUGAUGAAGACAGCCAGUAUGACGACUGGCUGUGUAUGAGUCAGCAGCAACGGGAGCGUGAAUGACUUUCCAGGCCGUGUUGGACAGAGGAGACGUUUUCCAGGAGGCGCCUCCUGUCAAUCUCCCGGGCACACCCGUGCCUCUCGCUCCAUGCGGGAAAACCUAGGAUGGAACGACGUGCACGCUGCCCUGCGCCAGGUCACCAGAACAAGUCCCUACACAGCUUCUCCGCCGAACAAGCAGACCCCGCCGCCGCCGCUGCCAACCGGACCUGACAGGGGGAAGAACCCCCGAUAAGUUCUGGGAGAGGGAAAAAGAAAAAGAUCCCAGGAUGUUUGUGAAUUUCCGGCGCCUCCGCAGGUACAAGUGGGUGCAGCUGGCGAUGACGUGUCUGGUGCUGUCGUUGAUGAUGGUGUGCUGGGAGCAACUGGACAGCAGCUCCGUGAGCCACAUCAAGUCCUACUCUUACCGGCACCUGAUCAACCGCUAUGCCUUCAUCAACGAGAGUUUCACCAUCCCGCGCCAGGAGGCCCGGGCGUUCCGCGACUACCGCUACCUGCUGAACCACCCGGGCAAAUGCUCGUCGGAGAAGCGCGUGCUGCUGCUGCUGCUCGUCAAGUCCUCCCCGGAAAACUUUGGCAGGAGGCGCGCCAUACGGUCGACGUGGGGCAACGAGACCUACAUCCGCCAGGCCCUCGGGGCGACGGUGAAGGUCGUUUUCGUGCUCGGCCUCGCCAAGCAGCGGGAGGGCGCGUACGGGCGCCGGAGCCGCGGCGGGGGAGGGGGCAUCCAGGACGACCUCACGCGCGAAGACCACUGGCACGGCGACCUUGUGCAGCAGGACUUUGUGGACUCGUUCCACAACCUCACCCUGAAGCUGCUGCUGCAGUUCCGCUGGGCGCACGACCACUGCCCGCGCGCCCGCUUCCUCAUGACCGCCGACGACGACGUCUUCGUGCACAUGCCCAACGUGGUGCGCUACCUGCAGGACGCCGACCGCCGGGGCGCGACGGACCUCUGGGUCGGGCGCGUGCACAGGGGCGCGCCGCCCGUCCGCCACAAGGGGAGCAAGUACUACGUCCCGCCGGAGAUGUACCCGUGGGCGUCGUACCCGGACUACACGGCGGGGGCGGCCUACGUCGUCUCCGGGGACGUGGCGGAGAAAGUGUACCAGGCCUCGCUGACGCUCAACGCCUCGCUGUACAUAGACGACGUCUUCAUGGGCAUCUGCGCCAGCGCCGCGGGCGUGUCGCCGCAGGAGCACGUCUACUUCUCCGGCGAGGGCAGGGCGCCCUACCACGCGUGCAUCUACGACAAGAUGAUGACGUCACACGGCCAUGUGGUCGACAUUCACCAACUCUGGAAAGCCGCCACAGACCCCGAGGUCAAGCGGGUCACUUCGGGACCCUUCGGGAGGUUGUACUGCGCAGCGGUGCGACUCUCGCUUCUCUGCAGACCCUACUUCUUCAACACAUACCCUUGCAAGGCGGCCUUCGCGUGAUAAUCGAUGCCCAAAAAACUGAGGUCCAAAACGGAGUGAGGGAUUCUUUACACCCUCAUUUUGCUUUCACCAUUUGCAUUUCUUUCAUUUGCAUUUCUUUAAUAAAGCGUUUUACAGUGACUGUUUAACUACGCUGAUCCAGACUGUAGUAGCUUUGCCGGAUGAACAACGGAUGCUUCCUAAGGAGACUUCCACUCCUGUUUCCCCACAUCUACUUCAGUCAUCGCUGGACGUCAACAGUUCAGUUGACUGAGAACUAAUUUACAACAUCCUGGGAGCAAUUAGGGUUAACUGUCUUGCUCAGGGACAAAAUCAUUUACCACGUUGCCAGCUCAGGGAUUCAAUCUAGCAGCCUCACGGUUACUAGUUAGACACUCCAACUGCUGGGCUACCUGCUGCUUUGCUUUGUAACUUGCCAAACGGUUCUUAUGGGUGACAGAAAGUAAAAAUCUUAUUGGAUUUGAAUUAAGCAAGCAUGUGGAAUGGGUUUGGGAGUUAAUUAUGUCUGAAACUGCGUGUGAGCAGUAUCAGUAUAUCAAUGAGUAGACUUAAGCCCUGUUCUAACAUGGAAGAUCAGUGAUGAUUCGUGACACGCUGUAUAAGUUAGGCAGUCACAGGUGUGUGCCAGAAGUGUCUACAUUGGUGGUACAUUAAUCCAGAUAUUUUUUUCACUAACUUAUAUGUUUACCAAUAUGAAUUAACUCAAAUCAUUGAAAUGAUUGGUCAAUAAUAUAAAUUAGUGGAAAAAAUAUCCAAAAUGGGCCGCCUCUGUAAACACACGCAUUUGUUAUGAGUUACAAAAUUCUUCAUGAUACAUUAAGUAUUAUGAAUAUUGGCCUCUCCCUUAUUUUAACUGAACUGUUCUGUAAAUUAAUUAAAGGAAUAUGCAGGUGGGAGCAAUUUUAGCACUCAAGCGGUUUUCUUCAUUUAUGAUUUUUCAAUUGGAAAUCCAACCCAGAGCACAUAGGCAGCUUUUCCUAAACAAAGUAGCAAACAAAGAAUGAGCUUUAAGAGUAAAUGAACUGACAUGAACUGCUGAACUAUUUCCUCUCUAGGAAAGGUUGGGGUGCCACAGAACAGCUCCAAAACCCUUUCAUGUGUUUCCACGCUUUUCCAUGGCAACUGCAUUCUGAGCAGCCGAGGAGUGGGUGAGACGAGGGGUGACAUCGCAAUGCUCCUGGUCGUGUUGCAGAUAGACAUUCUGCUCCAGGGCAGGCACGACUGGAAGAAGAAUCCAGUCCAUUGCUACAGCUUGACACCGUGUCAGUCGUCUAAAAACUGGAGCUCUAAAACUGUUGCUCUAGGAGCAUCGACAAUACUUUUUCUGUCUCCAAGGCGACAGUUUUCAGUAAGCAGUGUGGAGGGCAUUGUGGGUGAAACGAGAAAGGUGAGAGAAAAUGAAUAAUGACAGGAGAGAACAACUCGUCGGGUUUAUUUUGGGCCUGUUUUCUCUUGGGCUUGUUUAAUUUUAGUGUGUUUUCUAUAGGAAUGAUGGCCCCAGGCUUGUGCGUGGGGAUAUCUUUGGGAUUAGCCGUUGUCCAAACAGCUGGCCUGUUUCCAAGGCAACCCCACAAAGAGAAAUAAUUUAAAAGCGGGGCCCAAAACGGGGCCCAGCUGCCUGCCUCCCUACUUCUGCAGUGCAAAAGACUUUGCAAUGUCCUUUUGAGUGAUAAACGUAUCCAAAUAAUACUAGUUUUGGGGUGAUCAAAUCACUUUUAAGAUAUUGUGGCUUAUUUUUUUUACAGUCCCCUUGAUAGAGCCCCUCAAUCCUCCCCCAAAGUGCAAGAUAACUGGACCAAGUGGAAUGUGCCACUCCCUAAACAUUAAUUCCAACAUUAGUGUCCAACAUUAAUUCAUAUAUUAUUCACUCCCUUUCCCAAGGUAGCCCUGCCAGCAUAAACGCUUUGACUUCUGCGAAAGUGGGAGCCAAAGAACAACGCUGAUGUGCUAAAUAUAAAUGUGCAUACCAUAUCAUAGCCAAUUACACAUUCACUAAGCAGCUCUGUGCCUUCGAGGUAGACUAUAAUUAUCAGUAUCCAGCUCGCCUUGUCCGACACAGAAAGAUUUCUACAUUGGCUUUGCUCCUUUCAGAUCUCUUUCGAUCUCGAGUCUUGGCAGUGAUAUUCUUUCCCUUAACAUGACACUUCCACCACAUUACAUGGAAACAAACCAAGAAGUAUUUCAUACAAGCUGAAUUGCAAACAGGAUGGCAGAUUUAGAAUGGACUUCAGAGAUGGCUUCUUUCAGUUCACUUAGUCAAUUGUCAUACAGGCCAGUAUUGUGGAUGAAGGUGAUAGUGUUGAUCCAUGCUGAUGUUCCUCUCAACCAAUGGAAACUGUGUUUGUUUUAAAAUCCUCUUAUUGUGAUUGUCACAGUUUCCAUUGCCUUCUGCAUCUCGUUUAGGAAGGAUGGACAGAUCUUUGCAGUGGUUCCAAUGAUUCACCAUCCAGAGAGGAAUUAACAUACUUGACCGUAAUCAAAGCGUUUUUAAGUGAUUUGGAAUUAUUUCUUAACCUCUCCUAUCUAUGCCUGCUUGAUUAAGGCCAGGGUAACGUGACCUGUUUGCAUCUACAUGCAGCACCAGUCAGAAGUUUGGACACACUAACUCAUUCACUUGAGGUGUGUCCAAACGUUUGACUGGUACUGUACAUUCUGAGAAUCAGUAACCCUUUAUUUUGAAGAAUUCUGAUAGACCAUAUGUAGAUGUUCUACAAACUACACGGACCAUCAGUAACAUUUCUAACGCGUAUCUUAACUACUAGCUUUAUCCUAAACCUUAUUCUAAAGCUAACAUUAGCAAGCAGGUGCUUAUAGAGAAAAAUGUGUUAAUGGUAUGACAGUCAGUAGAGCAUCUAUAGAUGGAAAUCAAAACUCAAAAAAAUAAAGUUUAACCUGAGAUUCUUUUGUACUUUGGGCAAUUGAUGUAUAAUAUUUUUC